AUGAACCAUCCACUUCAAAAGAUAACUAAUCAAAUCAUUGAACCCUACUCUUCUCUCCUUUCUCGAAAAAAGCAUCCCAAAUUCAUCGUCACCAACCGAAAAUUAAGACAAACAAAAAACCUAAACAUCUGGUAAUCUCAACACUACAUAUGUUGUCUCUUUGUUCAAUUACGUCACACCUCCUCACUAUAAUGAUUUUUUCUUCUCUUUUUGUUAUGUAAACUAAUAAACCGUGAAACCUAACAAUAUCGUGGGUUAUUUUCUUUCCUUUUAUUUAUUUGUUUAAUAAAAGUGUCUUUAUUGAUACAUAUUCUGAGCAAAUAUAUAUAUUCUUUCAUGUCUCUAAAUUCCAACCACCACCAAUUAUUUUAGUAAUCACUUAAACUUUUUGGCACCUUUUAAAGCCUCUUCUCCCACUUUCACUUUUCCCCCCAUAAAUUCGGUGUCGUUUCAUGCGAAGGUCACUUUCAUUCCUUCCUUUACAUACACACACCAAUUGAAUUGUGAACAAAUUAAGAAAAUGAUGAUCAUGGAAGAAAAAAGAUACAACACAGAGCAUGAAGAGUUAAUUCCACAAUUACCAAACGAAAUAGCAGAGAUAUGUCUUCUUCACGUUCCUUACCCAUAUCACUGUCUAGUACGCUCUGUUUCUUCUUCGUGGAACAGAGCAAUAACAAAUCCAUCUUUUUUACUCUCCAAGAGAAGCUUUUCGCGCCCAAACAUCUUUGUCUCUGCCUUUCACACACUAACCGCCAAAAUCCAAUGGCAAUCGCUCGAUCCUUCUACUGGUCGUUGGUUCCUUCUUCCUCCUACGCCUCUUCCAAACGACACAUUGGCGUGCGUUUCAUUGCCACGUCAGGGAAAAAUCUUCCUCAUCAAAGAAACGGAGUCUACACUGGUUUACAACAGCGCCAUUAACAGGUGGUUGCCGGCGUCUGAUAUGAUAUCCGAGAAUUCAGUAUUCGCAGCAGAUGAAGUAAGCGGAGGAAUCGUGACCGCUGAGAAGAGCGGGACGAAUAUCUACGACUCGGAAAGUGACACGUGGAGGAGAGGCGCGAAAUUCACAGGGGAAUUGGAGAGGUAUGAAACGGUAGUCGCAGGAGGGAAGAUGUACGUAACGGAAGGGUGGUCAUGGCCGUUUGUUGUUCGGCCAAAAGGAGGCGUCUACGAUUUGGAGAGUGACACGUGGCGUGAGAUGAGAAAUGGGAUGAGUGAUGGUUGGAUAGGGGUGAGUGUUGGUGUGUGUGGGAGGGUGUUUGUUAUACCAGAGUUGGAUUUACCAUUGAGGGUUUAUGAUGAAGUGAGUGACACGUGGCGGGGUGUGAGUGGUGAUUUGUUCCCUAGAGAUGUAAUGAAGAAACCGUUAGUUGCGAAGGGUUUAGAUGAUCGAAUAUAUGUGGUGUCACAUGGUUUGAAUGUGGCUAUUGGUACUGUAGUUGUUAACAAUGAGUGUAGUACUGUGAACGUGACGUGGCAGGUUGUUGAGGCAUCAUUGUCUUUUCGCGAAUUCUCACCUUCUACUUGUCAGGUGUUGUAUGCUUGAACAACUACAAGAGUAACUGUAUUGCACCCGUCGCCAGGGUGGACUUUUUAUUUUUAAAAAAACCUCUAUCGAUUCCCCACAUGUUUUUCCUAUGCUUUUUUUAUUUUAAAUUUGAAUGUUUGAUUUAAGUAAAGGGUGAAUGGAAUUGGGACUUGAUUAGUGGGUUGGCAUUGUCUGAUAUAGAGAGUAGGAUUCUAAGUACAGACAAUGUGUAGCAGGAUAGACAUGAGUAUGCGUUAUUCGCUCUUUUAUUCGGAGACCAAUGCAGCUCCUUACUGGAUUUCAAAUUAUGGCUUCAACCUUGUGUCAUCGUGAAUUACAUGUUCUAAACACUAUAAUAAAAUUUAAUAUAAUAGUAAUAA